AUGGCUCAUCGAAUUAAUCAUUAUCAACAAAAAUUAGCUGAAGAAUUGACCAUAUUGAACGAUUCUCUAAAUUGUAAUUUUACAAAAGCCUAUCUGGAAUUAAUAUCUACGUAUAUUUCAUUAAUGAUUUUACUAUCACGUAUUGAUGAUCGAAAAAUUGUUCUUGGAUUAUAUAAUGCCGCCACCGAUUUAACACAUGAUCAUAGUGAUUCGAGUUUUCCUCAAUUGGGUCAAUUAAUUAUUGAUUAUGAUCAACCACUGGAAAAAUUACACGACGAAUUUGUUCCCCAUAGUCGUUCGAUAGGUGAAUCUGUUCAGUCAUUAACACCAAUAUAUGAGCGUCGUACAUGUAUCUGA